CGCAGCAAGUGUGGCUGUUUUGCCGACAUUCCUAUCGCGGGUGGCUGAAGACGGUCUGGCAGCGCGCUCGGGUCUGUGCCGCGUCCGAACGAAACGGGCUGUCCCUCCGCGGGAGCGGCCAAGCCAUGUUGAAGAUGCUGAACCCCAUGGCAUUGGAAGAGGAGGCAAAUAAAAAGCUCACAGAAUUUCUCCAGAAUGUCCAUAACAGAGAUUUUGUAUGGAUGGAUGAGAUUCUUGAAGAGGCUAUCAAGAUGUUCAAGAAUAACAGCUUUGAUGGAGAACCAGAGCUGAUGCCAAAAACACCAUCUCAGAAAAAUCGCAGUAAAAAGAAACGUUUCUCUUCUGUUAAAAAUGAUCCGUUUGCCACAAAGAGAUUGUCAAAAAGAAGCAGUGCCCGGAUAAGGGCUUCAAAGAGGAUUUCCCAACGUGUCCAGUGUAAAAAAGAGUUGGAAAUUUUGAAAGCUGGAUUAGAGAAUGCCUCUCCUUGUCUUCGUGUAACUAGAUCACGGGCUGCCAGUUCUUCCAGGCCCCCCUCAGUGGAUGCUUUUAAGAAUCCAGUUAUUGAUUUAGCCAAAGGGAGGAUACCACUAGUAGAAAUUAGUGCCAAUGAGAGGCGCAGUGCAGAAUUGCAGAUGGAAAAAACACCACCUCAAAUAGCGAAGGUCCCCAUAAGCCAUACUUCGUCUACAUCACCUGUUAAGAGAUCACAACCCUUGUCUAAAGCUUCUGUGCUCGUGAUCCCGAACACUCCUGAGGAAAAAAUAACAAAAGAGGGACGGGCAGCAUGUAAGUUGAAGAUAGCAAAUGUGUCUCUCUCCAGAAGUAUUGAAAAUGAAGAGCCCAAUGCUCAAAAUUUAUGUCCACCACAACAAGAAAAUAAGCUGCUGUGUGAACCCAAAGCCACUCUGAACUUCAAUGAAGGUCCACAAACACCUAUUGCCCCUAAAGGAAGCCGUCGCUCAGUGCGCCGAAGCUUGAUGGGCAGAACCUCCACAAGCUGUAGAGCCUCUCUGGUCAAGAGGUGCUCACUAAGCACCAGAAGGGAACAAAUAGUCCUGAGACGCAGUAGCAGGAUUGUAUCCAAGCAGGAAUUGAUCCAGCAGUCAUCUGUUCAUAGGCAUGUAAACACUCAGGCUGUUACGGAGGAAUUUCUGGAUAAAGAAAGUACUGAAUCUGGAGCAAAGUUACGUUCUAUGUGUCAUUCUCAGGAGGUUGAUGAAAAUCUCAGUAAAUCCCUUUGUUCUAACAAGACCGACAUGCCAGAAACUCUCCAAUCCCAAGAAAAACAGCACAAAGGAGACUGGGAAGAAGGCUUGUCUGAAAUGAGUGAUGAGUUACAAAAGCAGCCUCAGAGUGCCCGGAGAAAGCCAAGCUAUAAGAGGGCAGUUAGCAAUAGAGAUGAUGGACAGCACACGGAAGAUGAGCUCUCCCCACCAAGAAAAAAGACUCCAUCUCCUCAGUGCCCUGCCAGCAAGGUUGUGCGUCCUUUCAAGACAUUCUUGCACACAGUACAGAAGAACCAGAUGCUGAUGAUGACUCCUGGCUCUGUUAGUCGAAACAGCACUAUAAAAUCAUUCCUCAGACAGAACACUCCUCUCCGCAUCGAUCCCAAGGAAAAGGAGAGGCAGCGGUUAGAGAAUCUGAGGAAGAAAGAAGAGGCUGAGCAGCAAAGAAAAAGGAAAAUGGAGGAGGAAAAAAGGCGGCGACUAGAAGAGAUGAAGCGAAAACGUGAAGAGCGCCUCCGCAAGGUGUUGCAGGCCCGGGAGCGAGCAGAGCAGUUAGAAGAGGAGAAGAAGAAACGAAUUGAGCAAAAAUUUGCUCAACAUGAAGAGAAGAAUGAGAAGGUUCGAGAGGAAAAAGUGGCAGAAGACAAAAUUAAGAAAAGGGCAGCUGUCAAGAAGCUGGAAGAGCUUGAAGCCCGGCGCAAACAAGAGGAAGAUGCCCGGAAACAGAGAGCACUACAGCUGGAAGAGGAAGAACGUAGACAUAAGGAGCUGAUGCAGAGGAAAAGAAAGGAGGAACAAGAGAAAGCAAAGAAGAUUGCCGAACAACGCCAGGCUGAGCUGGAAAGAGAAAAAAACCUGGCUGCUGAGAGAGAACUGGAGAGGAAGCGAGAACAGGAAAAGAUCCAGGCGCAGCAGGAGUGUGAACAGCAAGAGAAAGAAAAGGCUGCUCGCUUGCAGAGAGAGGUUUUACAAGCAGCUAAGGAAAAGGAGAGGCUCAGCAAAGAAAUGGAGGAAAAAGAGAGGAAGUUGCAGGAACAACAGAAGCAAGAAGAGGAACUACAGAAAACAACUUUAGAGGCUCAGGCGGAGACUGCCAAUAAACAACUGAAUGUGACGGUGAAUGUUGAGAACUCGCCUAUCAGUAAUUCAUACCAGAUGACACCUCAAGGCCCCAAACAACCCAAGAUUGAUCUAAAUAAUUAUGGGAUGGAUUUGAACAGUGAUGAUUCAACAGAUGAUGAGAGCCAGCCCCGCAAACCCAUCCCUGCUUGGGCUACUGGAAAUCAGCUAAGCCAAGCAAUCCUGCGUCAAUAUUAUAACCCACCAAAUACCAAAGCACUCUUUGGAGUGGUGAAGAGUCCCAGGUUGGAAGAAAUCUUCUAUAAGAGCAAGCCGCGUUAUUUCAAGCGCACUAGCUCUGCAGUAUGGAAUUCCCCACCUUUCACAGGUGGCAAAUCUGUCCCUUCUGCUUUCAAGAGGUGCUGAUGCCUGUUCAGUCUAAUGUGUGUCUGGUUAUAUUUGUCAAAGGAGAACAUGUAUUGCUUUUUAAUGUGUACACUCUUUUUUCUUUUAUCAAUAUUAAUAAAUAUUAUGCUCCCAUGAUGAAGUUUCUGUCUCUGCUCACGGUGCCUAAGUGACCUGCUAGGAUUGGCAACAAUAUUAUAAUAACCCUAUUGUUAUAUAUGUCAGCUGUUAGGAACCUAUAUGUAGAGAGUAAGGGAGUUGACCUCGACGGAAAUAAAUAAGAACCGUUACCUAGGCAAAGACGGCUGAAACAUUAUUUAAGUCCUGGGAAGCAAGACAAUAUU